AUGGAUUCCGACAACAUUUCUCCAAUGUUUGAUAUGCAGACAUUCUCAAAGGAAUCAUUUUCUGUUGAUGAAUUUUUAACAGAAAAUCGUAAUAAAAUGACAUUAGAAAACAUGCGAGUUGAAAUGGGCAUUUUUCUGAAAGACCUACGCAAUAAAAUGAUAAAUUCACUCAAUGAUGAUUGUGACAAAUAUUUUCAUUUAUCUAGGGGUUUAAUUGGUAUUGACCAGCAAUUAGCAACCUUAAAACCAGAAUUGAGUUUGUUAAGUAACUCUGUUAAUGAAGCUAAAAACAAUUUGGAGAAUACAUUAUGCUAUUUGGAUAAUGAAAUACAAUUAAAUAAAAAACUAUGUGAAGAUAAACAGGCAUUUCACGCUAUCAUAAAAGUUCAAAAAUCUUUAGAAAAAUUAGAUGAAUUAUUAAUGGAUCAAAAUGAUUGUAAUAUAAUCAUUUUAACUCGAGCUGUGGCUGAAUAUAAUCAGCUUACAUCAAGUAUGACCAAAUGCAGUGAUAUAUUGAAAACUGUGCAUUUUACGAAAAAAACAAUGCUGAAUGAUUUAUUAAUGAGCAAAUUAAAUGAAGCCUUUGUGUCUUCAGUGUCAACAAAUGCAAAUGCGGUGAAGUGUUUUCUUGAACUGUAUUUAUCUUUGGGUAGAACAACAUAUGCUGAAGAUGUUUGUAGGACUGAAGUUGUGACUCCAGCAAUGAAAUCUAUACUGAAUGAAAAUUAUUUACGGAGUUGUAAAGAUGGUUUAAAAGAAUUAUACAGCCAGUGUUAUGAAUUCCUUCAAGUAGAUUUGAAACAUUUGCUUCAAGCUGCAGAAGAACAAAAUAAUAUAAGUGACAAGUUUUGCAGGUUCAAUUUUGUUUCAAAAAGCUUUUGGCCUGUUAUCUUUGAUCAAGUAAAAAAUAAUUUGCAAUGCAUCUAUAACUUCAGAGAACCUGAUAUUUUCAUAAAAAAUUAUAAAGUAACAUUUAAUGAAUUCAUGAAACAUUUGAUUGAAUUAUCUGUUUCACAACAUGAAAGUGAGCCAUUACAUAAAGUACAAAGUUGGUCUGAUUUUAAAAAAUGCUGGAAUUUGCCAAUUUACUAUCAAUAUCGGUUUCAAGAGAUUGGAUUUUGUGCUGAAAAUGUUAUGAACCAUGAAAGUUAUGAGUCAUGUAGUGAUAAAACCUUUAAACUUAAAGUCACAAAAGCAGUAUGGGAUUCUAUGUGUUCUUGUUUAGAUCCAAAUAUCUUCAUACAUCAAUUGAGCCACAGAUUUUUCAAAUUAAUAUUACAGUUAAUAUCUAGAUAUCAGACUUGGGCAGAAGAUGCUAAUGUCAAAUCUAAGACUGAUUUAAAAAACUUUAGCACCCGUAUUAAAUUUCUCGAGGAUUUGGAAAGUGAUUUAAAUAUAUUUUAUUUUAAAUUAAAUGAUAUAUAUUCCAUGUUUGAAGAAUUGUUACGUACAAAGGUACCUGCUGAUGUUUUAGAAUUACAAAAAAGUAGUAUUGUAAAUGACAAUUUAAACACGUUGAUUAAUGAUGUAAGUAAAUGUAAAGUGCAAUCUGUGACGGAUGAAGCCAUGUCUCAUGUAAUAAGAGUAACUGAUGUACCAAGGUUGUUCAGACACACAAAUCGAGAUUAUCCAAAUGAACCAUGUGCUUACAUGAAAUCAAUUGUGGUAACAUUAAAAACAUUACAGAAUAAAAAUUGUAAAAAACAAGUAUUAGAUCAUAUAGUAACACAAUAUGUAGCUUAUGUUGAUGAUGUAAUGAAAGCAAUAAAAAAAACGGAAGAAAGCUUAAGAAAACUGAAAAAGAUUAGAGAUCCAAACUACAAAGUUAAUUCUGAUGAUGAUAAAAUUCGUUCCCAGCUGACACUGGAUAUAGAUUACUUGUUAUUGGCCAUUGGUGAUAUGAGUUUACCAGACGUAAAUGAAAUUGAAUUAAAGUUGGCCAUUGCAAAACAAACAAUCCUUGUUGAUAAAAUGGCAUAG